GCACGCGAUAGCUCCGAUAAAAGCAUAAUCGAUAUUGUGAAAUUUCGAUAGUCUGCGCAGGAGUAUGGCCAAACAUGGAUUUUCAUCUGUCUGCUAAGACCAGAACAAAAACAAAGAACAGGCCGUCGCGGCACGACUGAGUGGUGCACGUGAAAACUUAUCUACCUUACCAAUUUAGCCAAGCUGAGAGGUUCUCUAUCUUCACGAAAACAGCGAGAAAGGCAAAAAACCGCUACUACUGCUACUUCAGCUGUGGCCGCCGCCGAUUGUAGCCAGUUAACACUUAUAUUAUGAUUGACAUCAAGCUAUGCCGCUCGCUAUUUCUUUUCACGCUCCUAGCCUCUAUCACGCAAAUUCAACCGUCUUUGCACGGCCAUAACAAUGCAUUUGUCCAAGAUGAUGACAUACAGUAUUUGUUGGAAAACUUACCUCUGUCUAUGCACAAGGGGUUCACUAAUUCAGUACAUGGACCAGGGGAUCCUUUAUCAGAAGAAAAUAUACAAGAUUCUAUUCCUCAUAUUGAGUUUGAACCAAAUAUUUUGGAUUUUAAAGAAAGACAACUUGGUAUUCCUCAUCAAGAAACUGUUACUCUUUUCAACAGAGAUGAUAAUAAAACUAUUCACCUCUCCUCUAUUUCUGGGAACACUCAACAUUUUCAUUCAUCUUUUUUUCAAGAUAAAGUGAUUCCUCCUUUGGGUAACACAACUUUUAAUGUUGUCUUUCUAGGUAGAGAAGAAGGUGAAAUCGAUAGUUACCUCUUUAUACACACAUCAGAUGGCACAAUAAAAUAUCAAGUGAAAGGCGUAAGUGUAAGCAGUCCUUACCGUUUACGACCUGUAGUGGGAGUUAAAUUACCUAUAAAUGCAUCUUUUACACCAUUAAUUUAUAUACAUAAUCCUCAUUCUGAACCUAUGCAGGUUGUAGAAGUAUACAGUAGUGGACGAGAGUUUCAACUAGAAUUGCCAUCUGGAGAAAUAGAAGGUCCGCGUGAAUUAUGGGAAAUUCCUCCUUAUCAAACAAAGCCUGUAAUAAGACUAUACUUCAAUGCUUACAUCGAAAAAAAUUAUACUGCGUAUAUAAGGUUUAGGGUCAAUAAUAGCGCAGAAAUAUUAAUUGUGGCUGUGGAGAUAGAGGUAGGCAGUGGAGCUGGUCUUCAUUGGGGUGGCAGCUCAGCAAUUGUCAACUUUGGUAUGGGAGGAUCUAAUCAACCACCAAUUCGUUAUCAAAUUUCUUUGAAAAAUUCAGCCAAAAAGCCUGUCAAAGUUCAAAAUAUCAUUAGCACGCCAACCUCAAAAGCUUUAAGAAUUAAUUUUGAGCCUACUGUGAUACCAGGAGAAACAGAUGUACCAGUGGCAGUGGGAACUUUAACAUACGAUUGGAAAACUGGAUUGGAUUUAAAGCAUUUUAAAGGAAAACUAUUGAUAAAGGGUAUUGGGCCUGGUGGUUCUAGUCAAAAAUUAGCAAUACCUUGGAUCGCAGAAGUUUUGCAAGGUGGUCUCGAGGUCAACACUUCUGCUGCUCAUUACUGCUCGCCACAAUCCAGUCAACCACGAAAUUUCAGCGUUGUUAAUAAGUUUAAGCUGCCUUUAGCUAUAACUAACAUCUCACUCCCAUUUGAAGCAUCUCCUCUUUUUACUAUAAGUAAUUUUGUUCCAAAAAUCUUAAAGUCUGGUCAAAGAGACAAUAUAUUUACGUUGUCAUUAACGCACGAUAAGAAGAGUGAAAACCUACAAUUGGAGUCGUUGAUAUUGAUACACUCUAAUGUUUCUACAACUGAAGUUCCAUUACUUAGCUAUAAUGGUAAAUUAAAGAAGAUAAUACCGGAGGAAAGAGAAAGCGACGAAGGUUCAAUGAAUUUCGGCACGGUUAGCAGCGGCAUAGAAAGCGAAGGCAUUUUUGCUCUCGAAAACCAUAAUCCUAUAAGUAUAGAGCUGCACGGUUGGGGAGUCAAUAUGCCUGGCGCUGUUUUAGAGUUGAUGGGCUGUCAAAAUGGUCCUACAGAUUUAUUUCAUAAGAGCGUACGGAACAUAAGCGCCUGUAGCGUCACAGGAAACCAAAGCAUUAAACCAGAUCAUCUGGCAAUUUUUAAAAUUAAAGUGAAGACUCCGUUUGUCGAAGAAGAUACCAUAGUAGGAGAUGUAUUUGUUAGGACAACUUAUGAGAGAUUGAUUGUACCAGUUCACAUGAAAGUAGCACAUGGAAAACUAUCCGUAAAAAAACUUACAUUCACUGAAUGUUUUCCGGGUUCUAUUUGUUUGCAAUCUUUGAAAGUACACUCUACGUUUGCAAGGCCCAUGGAAGUGACAUUUAUAGCUCCUCUGCAUAAAGAUGAAAAAAUCAAAUACGUUCCUCUGGACAUAGCUUCGAGCGCUGUUAUUUCCAAAGGCGAUAAUCAUAUUGGUUCUAUCUUAAUAGAUCCGUCAAUCACUUGUAAACAACGUUGUUAUCUUGGCUUAUCGUUAAAUAGCAGUCUUGGGAGUCAGUGGUUGAAUACAUUAAAUUUACCUUCGCACACACGAGAUUCUGAUUUAAAUAUUUUAAAUAACCGUUACACGCGUUAUUUAAAUACAUCAAACGGCUUGUGGGAUAACGUGACAAUGCAGUUAGAUACCAGCGAAGUUCGCGGACACAGAUUUUCCGUGAAUAUCAAGCCUUACUGGCCAAGUCUUUUAGUCGGAAAUCAAAACUGGAAAAAUAAGAGUUUACUAUCGUUUCCUCUGACUCAAGUUGGAAACGUUUCGUAUAAAAUCAUUACACUGCAUAAUCCAACGAUGUACCCGCUUGUUGUUCAUUUGGUAAUGGAUUGGAGUUAUCCACAAGGAAAUAGAUUAUUCCAUUCGUUACCCAACAAGUUCAAGCCGGUAUGCGCAGAAUGUCCGACUAGCGUGCAUAGUGAAUUCAAAUUGGACAAUGCCCUCAACGAUAAAAGUUCUUUUGAACGAAAAUGGAGAAUAUCCGCUGCGUCUCAUACCCUCCCGACAGUUUUAAAAGCUAAUGAAACAAAAACAAUACGACUGUCAUAUACGCCGUCGGCUGCUGCACCGUCAUCCGCACUUUUAUACAUACGGAACAAUAUGACUAUACUGGAGAUAGUGCGGCUGGUGGGUCGCGGGGCUUAUGCGCAAUUCAAAUUUGGCAAUCGCAAGCCGGGAUCGCCGGUGCCAUUAUCGUUCGAGCUCACAGAAAAGCACCUGAAGGACUGCGAUGGUGAAUUUGGCGCUGGUCAAUGGAGUGAAAAGAGUCCUAGCCCAAACCUCACGGUGAAGCGCUCGUUCAUGGCACGUAACACAGGCGAACUGCCGAUAGCGGUACGCGGCUUCUACAUAAGUGGACUCUCUUGCGAAGGCUAUGGCUUUCGAGUGCUCAACUGCGCGUCUUUCAGACUUGAACCUAACGCAACAAGGAAAAUCGAAAUAGCUUUCACGCCAGAUUUCACGUUGUCACGUGUAGAGCGUAGUCUGCUGAUACGAACGAGCCUUGGGCCCGAAAUCAGUGAGAAUACCGAGCUAUUGAAUCAGGAGCGCGGCCUUGUCAAACUUAAUCUCGUUGCCAGCCUUCCAGCUCAUAUGCUCGAGGUCUGCGCCAGUAUGCUAGCCCGACCGUCUUGGGAAAGCUCCCUCCAGUCGACCGCCACCGUUCUUACUCUGGUGCUGCUGGUCUGCUCCUUGGUGGCGGCCUUCAUUGAAGCCGAUCGUAUAUUGAGAGGUGCACUGGUCAAUUUAUCCCGAGGCAAUCCUACGCAGCCUCCAUUGGAUCUCAGGUCACUUUCGCAUCAACACACCCUAUCGAUGCCACAUCAAUCCUACCAGUCAAGUAAUAGCAAUAAUCAUCAGCAUUGCAAGGACAAACUUGCGGCCCUUUUGCAUAAUGACAACUCAACCAAGUCCAACGUUAACUCGGCGAAAAUUGGCAAGAAGGAGGACAAUUUGCUUGACUGGACGUCGCUUGUAUACGCAAAAAACAGCAAAGACGAGGAUAUGCACAAGAACAUUAAGAUUUCCGAUUGGUCGCUAGAGGAAGAACGCAAGUUCCGAAUAGAUGCCGAGGCCAAAGAUACGCCAUUGUCAAAAUGUUGUCUUGCUUCCGAUACAUUGGCUUUUGAACCAAUAACUAAUAAUCAAAAUCCAGUGCCCACCAAAAAACGAAAUAACAAGCGUCAGAAUGUGCAAGAGACCCACGUAGAAAACUCAUCCACGACGACUGAGCCGUCUUCUUCCGUUCCUGAUACACAGGUCAUAGCUAAGAAAACUUCGCCCUCAACCAAAUCCAGUCCAACUUCAUACAGAAAGGGCAAAUCUUGUAAAAAAGACACGUUGAAACUUGUCACUCAUGAAGUACAAAUCGACAGAGUAAAUUCGUCGGCGAGUUCCGUAAGCAAAGAUGCCACUGUAAAAUGCGAAGGUAAUAAACGGAAACGAUCGACUGGAACAAAUGGCGCUGCUUCUAAUAGCAAUAACCUUUACAAAAAAUAUGAGGCUAAUGCUGGUCAAAAAGUCACACAAUAUUCCGAAGAAGAAACGUCAUCGACGACGACUGAAAGUUCCGUUCAAGAUGAUAAUAAUACAUACAAGGAAUGUGAAAGUACUUAUGAUAAAACAGAUAAAGCACAGAAGAAAUCUUCAACUACAAAAUUAAAACCACAAAAUAAUUCUGCUGUGCCAUCAUUAGAUUAUAAGGACAGUUACGAAGGUGACUGCGACGAUGAUGAUUACGAUAAAGAUAAACAGGAUAAUUCCAACAAAUGGAAAACAAGUACGAAUAGAUCCACAAGUAAAAGUCAAAUGUCACGGCUAGCUAUGGAAUCGAAUAAGUUACCUCGCCCAAAACAAAAUCCUCCUCGAAAAGAAAAGGUUACUCUGAAACGACGCAGUGCAGAGAAGAGUCAACCUAAAGUUUUAGUACCUGUAACUAAUGAAAAUAGUUGUCAGAAAGAGGAAACGAAAUCUCCGCCAGUUCUUUCUUCAGUUUCUGUGCCAGUUUCAUCUCCUCCAACGGCUGCUGCACCACCACCUCUAGUUUGUUGGGGCGAGAACAGAGCGAAAUUUAGUGAUGUAGUAGCUCGUAAUCAAGACAACUUAUCUCAAAUGUUUUCAAACUACGAUAGUUGUAAGACACAAAGAGCAAACUCGCCCGGAGUAGCUGGAUCAUUUGGCGGAGAUAAUUCAGAUUGUACAAAGCAUCAAUUUAUGCAGGACAAAACUUUGAAUGAUUAUAAGUUUAAUGGGAAACCCAUUGGCACUCCAGUAGAGCAGGAAGGGUCAUCGAAUCGCACGGAUCGUUUGAGCUUACACUCAAACAAUCAUCUGCAUAGUUACUUUGCUAAUACGUUUAAUGAUACAAAGUAUGAUUGCGAGCUAGUUCCGUAUACUGAUUUACCUGACACUGAUGAACCACUUGUUGAAUUAGAAAGCACGGAAGAAAAUGCCAAUUGCAAAUUAUGGCACCACAAUAAUUUACUACUAGAAUUGAUGCCUGCAAAUACAAGCUUUCAGUUACCAGAUCCUCCUAUCACUACAGAAAAAAUUCCACCUCUACUAGAUACUUUAAAAGAUAAUUGGGUCACUGUAGAAACUAAUUGGGAACCUUUGUACACACGUGGAGCUGUCGGAGAAGAAAGAAGCGGUGUUUGGGGAAUAAACACUGGCGGUGUGUGGUCCGCGGCACCAUGGGGGGCUCCAACUCGACCACCAACAUUGCAGCCUACUUCACAAUCAAGAGAUCAGAAUAUUCAAGAACGUUCUGAUUUCGAUCCUUUCCGAUCUUUAAGUACGAUAUGGACACCGUCUUCAUCGGACACAUGGACUUCGAAACACAAAUGACUACAAAAUCAAUGGAACUCAUUGAUUAUUGUGAUAAAGUUGCUGCAUAUUUUACGACUUUUUUAAAGGACUCUUAUAUCAAGAGUCUUAAUGGGUGACGCACCAAAUGUUUGUGAUAUCAAAAAAUAUUUCGUUUCUUAUUCUUUUCAAAAAAUAAAUUAUAAAAUUAACAAUUAGAGAUUGAUUCAGAUUUGAGACAAGUGUUGACUUGUGUAACACAAUACUUUAACUUUUUUUUCUUUUCAACUUUGAUAAAAGCACAUAAAAUCCAUUUCAAUAAAA